AACAGCGUGAACUUCGUGGACGACAGCUUCCCCCCGGGGCCUGAGUCGGUGGGCUUCCCUGCGGGUGACAGCGUCCAGCAGCGUGUGCGGCAAUGGCUGAGGCCCCACGAGAUCAACUGCUCCGUGUCCAGGGACCCCAGUGCCCCAUGGUCCGUGUUCCGCACUCUCCGGCCCUCGGACAUCCUGCAGGGGCUGCUGGGAAACUGCUGGUUCCUGAGCGCGCUGGCCGUGCUGGCUGAGCGGCCCGACCUGGUGGAGCGGGUGAUGGUGACACGCAGCCUAUGUGCCGAGGGCGCCUACCAGGUGCGGCUCUGCAAGGACGGCACGUGGACGACAGUGCUGGUGGACGACACGCUGCCCUGUGACGAGGCCGGCUUCCUCCUCUUCUCCCAGGCCCAGCGGAAGCAGCUGUGGGUGGCCCUCAUCGAGAAGGCGCUGGCCAAGCUGCACGGCUCCUACUUCGCCCUCCAGGCAGGGCGCGCCAUCGAAGGCCUGGCCACGCUCACCGGUGCUCCCUGUGAGAGCCUGGCGCUGCAGGUCAGCUCCACUAACCCCCGCGAGGAGCCCGUUGACACUGACCUCAUCUGGGCCAAAAUGCUGAGUUCUAAGGAGGCUGGGUAAGAGGGGCGGGUGCUGUGGUGGUCAGCGGCGUUGGGAGGAGCGGCGAGAUGAGGGGACAGCCAGGCCGGGGCUUGGCACGGUGGGAUGAGCAGGGCGCGUGCCCUCUGACCCACACCCUGCGUCCCCACUGUUGCCAGCAUCCCCCUUGCCGGGCCGGUGGUCCCGCCUGCUCGGGUGGUGGGGGGGGCAGGCAGGAGGCGGCUGCCCGUUGGCCUGUCCCUGCACCCCAUGCCGACCACCCCGGGUGGAGCCUGUGAUGAGCCUCAUCCGGAGCUGGGCCUGUGAUGACCAUCAGCGCCCGCUCGGAGCCGCAUGGAGAGAGCCCCACAGAGGCACCUGCUGGGAGUGGGGUUUGCCUUCCAGGACCUGGCACACACGGGCCAGUGUGUCUGUGGGAAGGGCCCAGAACCUUAAGCCUGGGAGAGAUGGCUCC